GGGAGGGAGGGCCCGGGCUAACCGUCGCUGCCCGAGCCCGGGCCGGGGUCCGGGAGGGGGAGCUGCCGCCGCCCGGGGACUCGUGGCCUGCGGCGGGCCCUUGUGAUGCAGAUCCAUCAGCCCUAGCAAAAUAUGUUCUGGCUUUGGUAAAGAAAGACAAAAGUGAAAAAGAGUUAAAGGCAUUAUGUAUCGAUCAGCUGGAUGUAUUUCUUCAGAAAGAGACACAGAUAUUUGUGGAAAAACUUUUUGAUGCUGUGAAUACAAAGAGUUAUCUACCUCCUCCAGAGCAGCCAUCAUCAGGAAGCCUGAAGGUAGAAUUUUUUCAACACCAAGAAAAAGAUAUAAAAAAAGAAGAGAUCACUAAGGAAGAAGAGCGAGAGAAGAAGUUUUCUAGAAGACUAAAUCAUAGUCCUCCUCAGUCAAGCUCCAGAUACAGAGAAAAUAGAAGUCGUGAUGAAAGGAAAAAAGAUGAUCGUUCUCGCAAAAGAGAUUAUGAUCGAAAUCCUCCCCGAAGAGAUUCGUACAGAGACCGAUAUAAUAGAAGACGAGGGCGAAGUCGCAGUUACAGCAGGAGUCGAAGCCGAAGUUGGAGUAAAGAGAGACUUCGUGACAGGGACAGAGAUAGAAGCAGGACUAGAAGCAGAAGCAGAACACGAAGCAGGGAAAGGGAUCUGGUAAAACCGAAAUAUGACUUGGAUAGAGCAGAUCCAUUAGAAAAUAAUUAUACUCCAGUCUCUUCAGUACCUAAUAUCUCAUCUGGUCACUAUCCUGUACCUACUUUGAGCAGCACGAUUACUGUAAUUGCUCCUACACAUCAUGGUAAUAACACUACUGAAAGUUGGUCUGAAUUUCAUGAAGACCAAGUGGACCAUAACUCAUAUGUAAGACCACCAAUGCCAAAGAAACGGUGUAGAGACUAUGAUGAAAAGGGUUUUUGUAUGAGAGGUGACAUGUGCCCUUUUGAUCACGGAAGUGACCCAGUAGUUGUAGAAGAUGUCAAUCUUCCUGGUAUGCUGCCUUUCCCAGCACAGCCUCCUGUUGUUGAAGGACCACCUCCUCCUGGACUCCCCCCACCUCCACCAAUUCUUACACCGCCACCUGUGAAUUUAAGACCCCCAGUGCCACCUCCAGGUCCAUUACCACCCAGUCUCCCACCUGUCACAGAUGAUAUUUCUUAUUCUUUGGUUUUGACAGGACCACCACCUCCCCUUCCUCCUUUGCAACCAUCUGGCAUGGAUGCUCCCCCGAACUCUGCAACCAGUUCUGUUCCUACUGUUGUAACAACUGGCAUUCAUCACCAGCCUCCUCCUGCUCCACCCUCUCUUUUUACUGCAGUUUUUGUAUUACCAGAUGCAUAUGACACAGAUGGCUACAAUCCUGAAGCUCCAAGCAUAACAAACACUUCUAGACCUAUGUAUAGACACAGAGUGCAUGCACAAAGGCCUAACUUGAUAGGAUUAACAUCAGGGGAUAUGGACUUGCCACCCAGAGAAAAGCCUCCUAAUAAAAGCAGUAUGAGGAUAGUAGUGGAUUCAGAAUCGAGGAAAAGAACAAUAGGUUCUGGGGAGCCUGGAGGUCCUACAAAGAAGACUUGGUUUGAUAAACCAAAUUUUAAUAGGACAAACAGCCCAGGCUUCCAGAAGAAAGUUCAGUUUGGAAAUGAAAAUACUAAACUUGAACUGAGAAAAGUUCCUCCAGAAUUAAAUAAUAUCAGCAAACUUAAUGAGCAUUUUAGUCGAUUUGGAACACUGGUUAAUUUACAGGUUGCCUAUAAUGGUGAUCCUGAAGGUGCCCUUAUUCAAUUUGCAACAUAUGAAGAAGCAAAGAAAGCAAUAUCAAGUACAGAAGCAGUAUUAAACAACCGCUUCAUUAAGGUUUAUUGGCACAGAGAAGGGAGCACACAGCAGUUACAAACCACUUCCCCAAAGGUAAUGCAGCCUUUAGUCCAGCAGCCCAUUUUGCCUGUUGUGAAGCAGUCUGUCAAAGAGCGGUUGGGUCCAGUACCUUCAAGUACUGUUGAACCGGCAGAAGCCCAGAGUGCUAGCUCAGACCUUCCUCAGAAUGUAACUAAGUUAUCUGUGAAGGACAGGUUGGGUUUUGUAUCAAAGCCAUCUGUUUCAGCAACUGAAAAGGUGUUGUCUACAUCUACUGGCCUAACAAAGACGGUGUAUAAUCCAGCUGCUUUGAAGGCUGCACAAAAAACCUUACUUGUUUCCACUUCUGCGGUUGAUAAUAAUGAAGCACAGAAAAAAAAACAGGAGGCACUGAAACUUCAGCAGGAUGUAAGGAAAAGGAAACAAGAAAUUUUAGAAAAGCACAUUGAAACACAGAAGAUGUUAAUUUCAAAACUAGAGAAAAAUAAAGCGAUGAAGUCUGAAGAUAAAGCAGAAAUAAUGAAAACUUUAGAAGUUUUGACAAAAAAUAUUACCAAGUUGAAAGACGAGGUUAAAGCCACUUCUCCUGGGCGCUGUCUUCCGAAAAGUGUAAAAACCAAGACUCAGAUGCAGAAAGAAUUACUUGACACAGAACUGGAUUUAUAUAAGAAAAUGCAGGCCGGAGAAGAAGUCACUGAACUUAGGAGAAAGUAUACAGAAUUACAGCUGGAAGCUGCUAAAAGGGGGAUUCUUUCAUCUGGACGGGGUAGGGGAAUUCAUUCAAGAGGUCGAGGUGCAGCUCAUGGCCGAGGCAGAGGGAGAGGCCGGGGGCGAAGUGUGCCUGGUCAUGUUGUGGUGGAUCACCGUCCUAGAGCAUUGGAGAUUUCUGCAUUUACAGAGAGUGAUAGAGAAGAUCUUCUUCCUCAUUUUGCGCAAUAUGGUGAGAUUGAAGAUUAUCAAAUUGAUGACUCGUCACUUCAUGCAGUAAUUACAUUCAAGACAAGAGCAGAAGCAGAAGCAGCUGCAGUUCAUGGAGCUCGUUUCAAAGGGCAGGAUCUAAAGCUGGCUUGGAAUAAACCCAUAACUAAUAUUUCAACUGUGGAAACAGAAGAAAUUGAGCCUGAUGAAGAGGAAAGAGAGAUCAUCAUUGCCUGAAUUAGCUUUGUGACUACAAGAGCAAGACCUGUUCCUGUCUGGAGACGACUGUUAUGAUAUUACCAUCUUAUCAUUUUGUUUGCUCUUUAUCAAUUUGAGUAGUUGUUUACAUGUACUAUAUUUAGCAUUUUAUAUUUACAGUUCUCCAAGCAUACACCCCACUCCAAAUGUCUAUCUAAAUUUGUGCCCUGUGUGAUUUACCAUAAAUGUUUUCUCUCUUUUAUAGCCAUUUGUUUUUUAAAACACCUUAAAGAAGAGAUGAUGCCUCUUUUUUCCUAAUAUGAGAUACACGCCGUCUCAGCCAAAUUGAUAAUUGUGUCUAGAAAACCUAUAGAUCCGUGAUAAUGUGUUUAUCAACAUGAACAAUUUAGAAUGAAGAAAAUUAAUUAAAAAGUUAAACAUAAGUUUUGGUUUUAAUUUUUCUUGGUUUUAGGAUAUAUUUCUGGGAUUGGAAUAGCCACUUAAAAAAAUUUUGAACAGAUAAUGAGAAAAAUGUUUUACAGACUAUUACAGCCUGCCUUUUUCUUAUGAAUAUAUUUAAAAGUCAUUGCCAAGGUCACUUACAUAAUUUUUUUAGCCCUUAGCUUUCAAAAUGUGAAUAAUUUUCUUUACUUUAAAGUAAUAAAUUAUGGUUUGUUGAUUAUAAAUACUGAAAAAUAAAUUUCAGAUUUACAGUUUUUCAUAUUAUAAUCAAGAUUUCAGAGACAAUCGUAAAAGCAAGGGGAAAUAGUAUGUGUCUUAACAUCGUUAAAGAUUAUAAUUUUCAAUUCUUAAAGUGUAUGUACAAAUUAUAGGCAGUACAACUUAGAAUUCUACAAAGUACAACAAAGUCUCAUUCUAAAUAUCUACUCACAGUAUCUUUUUUACAAAGGGCACCAUUUAAAAAGUUUUCACAAAUUUAGAGUAUUCCUUCAUAGAUUCUUAGGCAUUUGAGAAGUAUGUUACACUUUUAGCAUUCUUUAUUUGAAAUAUCCAAGUUACACUGCUUCUCUUUACCUUAGGGUUUAAACGAAAAUUGAGUUCUGUCCAACCAUACCUUUUUUUUGGUGCAAAUGUUUUAUUUCCCCUAAAAGUAUGCAUUGUGAUUGUCCUUAUUUAACAAUAAAACAAUGUAAUGGAUACAUCAUUCAUAAUGUAAAUUACCUAUUUUGAACUGUAUUGGUUAUUCAUGGCACAUUUAAAGGAAAAUUAUGUAUUUUGGAAAGUAUAUUACCUAGUUAUCUACAGGCCCUUUUUUUUUUAAUUAGACUUUUGAUUCACAUUAGCCAACUAGCAGAUAGCUGCAGGGAGUUCAUAAACAUUUUCCCAGGUUAGUUUGGUAGUUUUUAUAUUCAAGGAAAGAUUCUCUGCCCCUACAGUAGUGGUUUAGAUGCUAUAUUAGCACUGAAAAAAUAUUUUGUGAAGAGACCAUACUUGCUGUAAUUUUGAUUGGUUGAUGGAUGUGGACCACGUGAUCAUCUUCAACUUUAUUUUGUCAUCCUCUUUUGUUAUACUUUGCUUUUAAAUUAAAAACAAAGCAAAAAAAAAAA